CUCCCGUUCUCAUCCGUGUUGGUUCUCGGGCGCGGGCGCUGCUGACACGCGUUCAAGUGCGCGCCCCCCCCGUGUGGUUCCUUCCUUUCCCCAGACAGACAGUCGUCUCUCCCCAGAUGCAACUUCCUCUAUCCUAUCCUCUCCCAUCCUACCUAUCCUACCUAUCCAGUCCCAUCCUAUCUCUUAUCUUAUCCUACCUGUGCCAUCCCUUUCGCACUAUCUUUCUGCUCUGCAAAUACUAUUCUGCAAUAAACUUCAAGGCCUACGGACCUUAGCAAGGCUGUCAGGUACUUUUCCUUGGUAGGAGCGAACCCUCCCUCGCUCAUCUCUUGUGGUUGUUGGCGCAUUUCACCUCGCAGCUGAUGAGGCAGCCACUGCUAUUUCCGUUUCGUUCCUGAUGGAGCAUGAAGACGUUCUGACAACGGCCCUACCCACUGGAACUGAGGCUGAGGCUGAGGCCCAGGACAACAACAGGGUGCGCCGGAGAAGAAAGAAAAGUAAUCCACAAGUCCUUCAUUGCCCUGGGUGCAAUGCGACCUUCAAUCGUGCAGCACACUUGAGACGUCACCAGCGAACGCAUCAGGGCGAGAAACCGUAUAUGUGCCCUCACUGCUCCCUGUCCUCGUCGCGCAAAGAUGUAAUUGUCCGCCAUACAAGGAACUUUCAUCCCGACAAGGUGCUAACAAACACCACCGCUGGAUCCGAGAUACCCGCCAAUGCGCCAGCUGAGGCAUCUGCUGGACAAUAUAGAGCCCGUGCCAGUAGCUCCUCUCUGCUAUCAACAUCGUCUGAAGGUUCUCCGUCUGGAUCAACUGUAGCAACGUCGGCAGAUAUUGGUGAAGAUCAUCCUCCCUCUGGAUGGAAUAACGGAGAGACCCAUCCAAUGCCUUCUGUAAGGAACGACGAGCUCGAGAAUCUACUCUUAGAUGCGAACCUCCACUUCCCCGACCUUGCCGCAUAUGCAAGCAAUGAUCCCUCACUUCAGGAUCUAUUCCUACCAGACAAUAUCUUCCCUGAAUUUUGUGCGCCGCCAGGGUUCACGAAUUCUAGCCUGUUUCAAAGCCUACUGUCGCCUGCUGCUCAGGACACGAGGCGUGACGUUCAAAGCUCAGAGCAAAGUGGUCACCAAGCUCCGCGCACUGUACAACUCGUCCCAGAAACCGAUCAACAGCAACCAGGAAGCUCUUUUGCAUCUGACAAUGACUGGUACGCAAAGGCACAGGCGAACUUCGCUCAUUACGAUGCAAGUCGAAAAUUGGCACAUUUCCGAUUUCCUUCAAAAUAUGCAGUAAUUCGUUAUGUGGAUGCGUACUUUGAGUUUAUGGAUCCGCAGCUACCGAUCGUGCAUAGACCGACAUUUGAUGCUGCUACAGUACCUUCACCUCUUCUUAUCGCAGUAAUGGCGUGUGGUGCGAUGUAUUCGAGCGAACAUGGUGCCGCUGCAAUGAUGCACGCAGCAAACUUGCAGCUUACCUCUGAGCACUGGAAAACCGACAAUCACUUCCAACUUUGGCUCUUGCAAACAAAUCUACUGUUAGGCUACUACGAGGUUUACGCCGGGGAUUGGUUAAUACCACAGAGGGCAUACGCUAUAUUCUCUGGAAAUUCUAAGCUUGCGCCGGAAGUCGUGGGAACAUUAAAGCACUUUCCACCAACGACAUAUCAAGACUGGGUUUACCAGGAGACCGCUAGCAGGUGCAUGGCGAGCACGAUGGUCCUCGGAGCAGCCGUCAACUCCACUUCACAAAAGCAACACCUCACUCUCCCUGAUCUCGACGCUAGAUUCUCACUCCCUUCAAGCAUGACUGCCUGGCUACAAGACGAAUCCAGCUGGGAGAGACCCACAGAAAUGCCGAUUUUCUCAGAUACCCUGAAGCGGAUAUUUGCCGGUGAACCCCCGACCAUAGAAAUCAGCGAUUUCGCAUUCAUGAGCAUCGUGUCCGCCGUACUCGGCCACAUAUGUUCCUUCGAAAACCUCGCUAGCUCACAACAUCCACAACUCUACACCAGCUUCGUCAACGAGAUGGGGCGAUCGGUACAGAUUCUAAAUGAGAUGUGGACCAAGCGGACAGCCAGCGGGAACAACAGCUACCGAUCAUCCUCGAAUACCCUCACGCCGCUAGCGAGAUCGACCAAGUUGCUGCUCGAUUCGGUGUUCUACCAUCUUUACGGAAACUCCCAAUUGGCGAUUAUGAAGAACCUGCUUGGGUCUCCAGAAGGAUUGACGCGAGCGGAAAUGCUUCGGGAGAUGUCUAAGAAUCCAUGUUCGAUUCACCUGGAGAAGGCACUUGUUCGCGCGGCCGAGGCUUUGCGAGAUGAUUGUCGGCUGGGCUUGAGAUAUCUGCAGAAAAUGACACCAUAUCGAUUCGCGCCUCUAUCAGCAACUGCAGUUUUUGAAGGCGGUCUCCUCCUCUGCUGGUACCUCCAAACCAAGCGCUCCAACCCCACACCCACAACAGAAACUUAUCCAACGCUCGACGCGCUGAUCAGUGACGGCUUCGCAGAACUGGAUGGUCUGCAGAUGACGACUGAGGAGGAACUCACUACAUUGCCGCUUCUUGCUAAUGCGGAGGUGUUGCAUGAUCGUUCGGUGUGGCAAUGGCCCUACGCCGUAUCGUUAAAACUCAAUGGUUUUAUUCAGCAAUUCAAACUCGCCCCUUGAGUAAUAAUCACUCUCGUUUUGCGGAAUCUGGAUACGGUGUAUGCGGCGUUCUGGUUAUGGCCAGCAAGGCCGAUGGUAGGGUGGGGUUUUUGUAUAUCCAGUGGCUAGCGGGAGGGAGAAAAAAAUAUGGAGAAGGAUGUUGUGUCCUGUCUUUUAUCUUUUUGUCUACUCUCAAGGCUGCGCUGGUGAGAGCUAGCGCCAAUCGACGCUGCAGGUCCCUGGAACAACAGAAUAAGCGAGGUGUUGACAAACACUCGGCAGCAACUGGGAAGGCCUUUUCUACAGCGAGGAUCCGUACGCAUUCGCAGCU